AUGGAUGACGACAGUGGCAGUGAGGGCGAUGAGAACGAUCGCGGAGCGGGUGGGGGGGGCGGUGGGAGCAGCGGCCGUAGGGGAGGGUCGGGAGCGGGUCUGGCUGGCGGCAGCGGUGGUGGCCGUCGUAGUGAGGGCGGGCACGGAGCGGGCGGGGGCGGGAGCGGUGGUGGCGGCGGUGGGGGAGGAUCGAGAAGGAUGGAUGACGACAGUGGCAGUGAGGGCGAUGAGAACGAUCGCGGAGCGGGUGGGGCGGGCGGUGGGAGCAGCGGCCGUAGGGGAGGAUGGGGAACGGGUGCGGCUGGUCGCAGCGGUGGUGGCCGUCGUAGUGAGGGCGGGCACGGAGCGGGCGGGGAUGGCGGCUGGGGCGCAGAUGGUGGAUAUAACACGGGUGAGGUCGACAGGGCUCGUCGCCGUAAGCGGAAGUCGUGGGCUGGCCCAACGACGAGCCAACGAGACGACAAGGUGCUUCGCUCAGCACACAUUCACAGCGACCAUACGGUCGCCUCGAUCGCCGAAGCGGCAGUCUGGGUGGUCGGGCGUGGUGGGGCGGCCGCCCUUGCUGGCACCUUGAUCAGCAUGCUCGGACCCAACGAUGGACUCUCCUUCGUUCUUAAGAACGUGUCGGGUGGAGGAGCAGCAGCGGCCUCCAAGGGCAAGGACAACCGCAAGCCCCGUGACGAGGCCCGCAUAGACGCUUGCUGGAUGAUGCUUCCAUUCAGCGACGCAAUGAUCGGCUCAAACCAGACCCGCUACAACUCCGACGGCAACCAGAAAGGGUCUAUUUCCAACAACAUCUUCUGGCGAGCCGCGUCGCUCAUCAUCCACCCAAAAGUCAGCACGAACAUCAUCAUCAACGAGAAGGGAGGCAUGAGGGAGGCCCUUACUUCUGUGCGGUCCACUUGGCACAAACAGAUCCGUACGGCGGUCGUGAAAGCUGUGAAUGCACUUGUGGCUUACUCGUUUACCUCCUCCGCUCGGGCCCUGGGCGUGAGACUAUGUGACGUGGAAGAUGCGCGUGACCUCGUGUCUAACAUGACCCAGGUCAUCGAGGUGCUGCAGACGACGGAUGAGAUCUACUACACUAUGGUCGACGAGAUCUACGCCCCCAUCCUCGCUGUACACAGCAAAUACGCUCCGAUUAAACCUGCUGGUGUUGAUGACGUCAUGGGCUCCAAGGACCUGGCCGAAGACCUCCAGUCUAAGACUGUGGCCCAGCAUGUUCAAGAGCGUCACUAG